AUGGAGGGAAAAUCAUCAACUGGCUGGGGGAAAUCAUUGGGUGUACCUAGUGUGCAGGAGAUUGUUAGAAAGGAUGCCAAGGAUGUUCCUGAAAGAUACAUUCAGAAUGAAGAGGAUAGGCCUCUAGCUUCCAAAAUCUCUCAGUUAUCAUCUGAAAUUCCUAUCAUAAAUCUCUCUUUGCUUGAUAAUGGAGAUGAAGAUGAACUGAGAAAGUUGGAUUUUGCUUCCAAGGAAUGGGGUUUCUUUCAGGUGAUAGAUCAUGGAGUGACGAACGAAGUGCUGGAAAAUAUGGAGGCAGCUGUAGCAUCAUUCUUUGAACUCCCUGUGGAAGAAAAAGAAAAGUAUGCAAUUGCAGAAAACGAUAUACAGGGAUACGGGCAAACCUAUAUAGUCUCUGAUCAACAAAAACUCGACUGGAAUGACUCCAUGUUCUUAGUGACACUGCCACCAAAAUACCGGGAUAUGAAGUACUGGCCAUCCACAUUAGCAGGCUUCAAGGAAGCCGUCGAGCAGUAUGCUAAAGAAAUAGAAAUGGUGAGUACUAAGAUUUUAGCCAAUUUGUCAGUGUUAAUGGGCAUGGAAAAACACAGUCUAAGAGAGAUGCAUGGAGAGAUGAAACAAGGCAUUAGAUUGAACUACUACUCGCCUUGUGCUAAACCCGAUCUUGUUCUUGGAGUUAGACCUCAUUCCGACAUUAGCUCCAUAUCUCUACUUGUGCAAGAAGACGAGAUCACGGGCCUCCAAAUAAGGCACAAAGAAGCAUGGGUUCCUGUAAAUCCUAUUCCAAACGCAAUCGUUGUUAACAUAGGUGACGUUAUGGAAGGUUGGAGUAAUGGGGUAUACAAAAGCAUUGAACACAGAGCUGUUACAAACCAGACAAAGGCUAGAAUCUCCAUUGCAGCAUUUGUAAUUCCAGAAGACGAGGUGGAUGUUGGGCCCGUUGAAACGAUGGUGGAUGAUCGUCUUCUUUCAAGAAAGUAUAAAAGUGUUAAGUAUAUUGAUUUUAUUAGGUACAAUCUGGCAAGGAAAAUGGAUGGAAAAUCACACACAGACUAUCUGAAACUAUAA